UCCCUCACCCCAACACGUGCACCAAUCAGACAACCAUCCAUUCAUCAUCGUCCCUAUAUCGCUCACCUUUCUCUCUCUCCCCACCUCCUCCUCCCUCCGCCCGCCUUCAUGGACAAUGGUAAUCCCAGACAGCCACUUCUCACCGGUGAACCCAAUCAAAUCCAACCUCACUCUCAUCCUACAUCCACAGCUGCCGCGGUUUUCUCCGCUGGUACCGACGACAUCCCUCCUCUUACCGGCCUUAAAGACUUUUCCUCGCAGUUCUUGACAGAGUCAAAGAAGCUCUGGUACCUCGCCGGCCCCGCCAUUUUCUCCUCCGUCUCCAAAUACUCCCUAGGAGCCAUCACUCAGGUGUUCGCCGGUCAUGUCGGCACCAUCGACCUCGCUGCCGUAUCUGUUGAAAAUUCCGUGAUCGCUGGCUUUUCCUUUGGCGUCAUGCUCGGGAUGGGAAGUGCGUUGGAGACGCUAUGUGGGCAAGCGUACGGAGCUGGACAUCAGGACAUGUUAGGGGUUUACAUGCAGAGAUCGUGGGUGAUAUUGCUCUUCACGGCGAUGAUUCUGAGCCCUCUUUACAUCUUCGCGGAGGCGAUUCUGAAGCUGAUAGGGCAAACCACGGAGAUAUCGGAAGCGGCGGGACGAUUCGCCGUCUGGAUGAUUCCGCAGCUUUUUGCUUACGCGUUGAACUUUCCUAUUGCCAAGUUCUUGCAGGCGCAGAGCAAGGUGAUGGUGAUUGCGGGGAUAUCGGCAGUAGCUCUGGUGGUGCACGCGGUGUUGAGCUGGUUGCUGGUGAUAAAGCUCCGGUGGGGGUUGGUGGGUGCGGCGGCGGUGCUGAACGGGUCGUGGUGGUUCAUCGUGGUGGCUCAGUUUGCGUAUAUAGUAAGCGGGCGAUGUGGCCGAGCGUGGAAUGGCUUCUCAUGGAAAGCUUUUCAGAAUCUUUGGGGAUUCAUUCGUCUCUCUCUGGCUUCUGCUGUCAUGCUUUGCCUGGAAGUAUGGUAUUUUAUGGCUCUGAUACUGUUUGCUGGAUAUCUCGAGAAUGCAGAAGUCUCCGUCGAUGGCUUAUCUAUAUGCGCGAACAUAUUGGGGUGGGUCGUCAUGGUAUCUUUCGGGAUGAACGUGGCCAUAAGUGUAAGAGUGUCAAAUGAACUGGGAGCAAUUCAUCCAAGAACAGCCAAAUUCUCACUGGUGGUUGCUGUGAUCGCUUCCACUUUGAUAGGCCUCUUAUUGGCCCUCGUUUUGAUCAUCUCUCGAGAUCACUAUCCUUCUCUAUUUUCAAACGACACGCGAGUUCAAGAUCUGGUGAAACAGCUCACACCAUUGCUGGCCUUGUGCAUCGUCAUCAAUAACAUCCAGCCAGUUCUUUCAGGUGUGGCCAUCGGGGCAGGAUGGCAGACUUGCGUUGCUUAUGUUAACGUUUCGUGUUACUACCUCUUUGGUAUUCCUGUAGGUCUCCUACUGGGUUACAAGAUUAACUGGGGCGUCAGGGGAAUCUGGUAUGGAAUGAUGUCGGGGACUUUACUACAGACUUGUGUGCUUUUCUUGAUGGUUCAUCGAACCAACUGGAACAAAGAGGCUUCUCUGGCAAACGAUAGAAUCAAGAGUUGGGGAGGGUCCAAGGAUUUGACGGUGAACAAGGACGAAAACACAGGGAGAACAUGAAACAUGGAGCAUCUUCAAGGGAAUACCUUUGUGAAGGCUCUUUCAUCGUUUCAUGUUGUUCUGUUUAUUGAUUUGUUCUUUGAUUUUGUGUUGUGUUUACGAAACAUGCAACAUAUUCAAAUCGUAUGUUGCAGUUUCCUUUCCGUACUGAUCAGAUGGUUGGUGUUAUGUUGUUCUGCUCUUGUUUUUCUGAAUCUCAUGAGCUGGAGCUUUCAUGCCUAGGAACCAAAUGUGCUACGUAUGUAUCCAACAGCUCUCUUGCCAUGCAAGAAAUCAAUGAGAUUUGCACCAUUUAAA